AUGACCCAUACGAUUGAUCUGGGAGAGACAUCUCUUUCUACGUCUGAUCUCACAUUGGAGAUUACGCUCCACACAUCAAUCGAGGUUGCUUUUACUGGUCCAUGGAGCGAAGAAAACGUAGGGAUUCUCGAAGAGGCGAUUCACUCAGGCAACGUCUGGCUCGACCAGACCCCCGAGCUCAGAUUAUACAUCUACAUCAAAGCUACUCAGAGCCAUAUCUAUCCUAUAUCAAAUGUGACAUCUAAUGUUGCAGACAUUAUCUACACCUCCAAGAUCUGGCACGAUUUAGGUCUUACUGUUUACCUGAAAAGCUGCAAGUAUAAUGAGCAAGAGGAUGGGAUUCAGGUUUCGCUCGGUGCGCGAAAAGCCUCAACACGAUCUGCAUUGGUGAAGCGGUCGAGAAUUCCGACUUGGUUGCGGAAUCCUCAGGAAGCUCACCCUCCUCCCGCUGUCCCAGUCGCUUCUGUCUCUACAAUCAAUGUUGUUCUGGGAAUCAAUACGUAUGACGAGCUAUAUGCAUCGACUUUCCCGGUUUGGAGCCCUGAUGUUCCAAAUUGGAUUGAGCCCUGUGUUCCAAGUACUACACCGGUGGAUAACGAAGACGGAGAGCUGAAUAUCCUCGACAAGCUCUAUCAAAUACAAGAAGGAGAGAAUAGUCAGCCGGACACAUAUAUCAACGAUGACUUUACUUUCUCAGCAGAGGACGACCACAACCACACAUCCCACGAAUUUGUCUCCCUUUUCACAAACGGUCUAAAGGGAAUAGUCGCCGGUCCAUCCCAACAGGGGAACUGCCACACGACUACCGCCGAAUUCGAACCCACUCAAUCUCUAUCCCAGAUAGUCCCCACAGUUUUCAGUCCCGGAUACAGAGAAGUACUGAACCCCCCCCCCAAAUCGCUCAGUCAACUAACCAGACGCCCAACCCAUCAGGCAAUGAAUCAACGCGCCCAACUAAUCCCAUCAAUCGCCAAAUCAAUCACCUCCCUGCUAAAAACAACACGCAACCCCAUCCUGCGCGAACAAGCCUCCAAUCUUCAAUAUCUCUACCCCAAACUCCCAAAAGCAGCUCAAAACUUUCAUCCCCCGCCAGAAACAGACAUCAUACACCUCCGUGACACAAUCAAGACAUCCCUCUGGCGCAUUGCGCAAAAACAACUCUACGACCCACAAGCUGCACUCAAACUACAAUCCCACCAAGAAACAACAGCAGGCCUAUCCUUCGAGCGCAGCCUCUUAAGCGAAGACUCACUUCUCGAGGCAUUCGGAGAGGAUGUUCUCGGAGAGAAUUAUCCCAGAGAAGAUACCAUAUCAGACUCUUACAUCGGCACGGACGACGAUGCGGCGGAAGGAGAAGAAGAAGGAGAUAUAUGCUCACUCUUAUCGUUCGAGAGAGAAACCACCAUAUCUCCAAGUAGUACGUUUACUCAACAAGAUAUCGUUAGAUUAGAUUUGUGUCCCGACCAAGAACCGCUGCUUUGCUCGUUGCUGGAACAUGCGCCUCGUGGAAACGAAGUGUCUUUGUUGAAUGGGGUUGAAUAUGAGAUUCACAGCCCGGGAUCUCUUUCGUGGCUAAGAGAAGAAAGGGAUUGUGUGGGCGACGAGUCCGAUUAUAUGCUUUGUGACUAA